AUGAGAAAAAUUGUUAGCGAAUCAGCUCGGGAUCGACGAAUUUCAAUCGCUAAUGUAACUUCCUUAGAAAAUAUCAAAGCUAGAUUAAAAUUGCUCGAAGAAAAGAACGUUACGAUGCGAGAAAAAUGUUGUGAACUUUUUGCGGAAAAGGAAAACUUUAAAAGUUGUCUUGACAGAGAGAAAAGUAGAAACGAGGAAUUAGAGCAGAGGUUGACUUCGUUGCAAGCAACAUUAAUGGAGAAGGAAACAGAACUUGCUGAAAAAUCAAAUAAACUAUUAGAAAAUGACAUUAUAAAUAAAAUGGAAAAUAGUAGUUCUACCACCGAUAUUGUAGCAACUGUGGAAAAGGGUAUACAGAAUUGGUCCCUUUGCCAGGGAUGCCAGAACAAAUUGGAGAGCUGUACACAUGACAUACCGGCCGUAGCAAUUACAAGAUCGGAGCUGGAUAUCCUAGAAAGGGACAUGCAAGUCCUCAGAGACGCAGUGAUUGCAAGGGAACAAGCUUGGGACAAAGCAAUGGAACAGGAACAAACUUAUCGUCAGCAAAUACUCAGGCUAACAUGUGAGACUAUUACUAUACGUCACAUACAGGAAUCACGUGAACAAGAAUUAAAAACUAUUAAGGAUGUUUUGAAAGAGAGGGAAAACGACUUUAAGAAUCUGCAAAAGAGAGAGAACAGUCUGAGGAAGAUCGUAACAAAGCUUUACAAGCACCAAAGAGAUUCAGAAGGGAAUCUCGGAAAUUCUCCGGCGUUAGAAUUGACUGAAAAAGAGCAAAGAAUGAUCGAGGAGUGCUCGAGACAAGUAUUAUCCAGCUCGAAAGGAAAACAGAAAAUAAAAUCACGAUAUACAGUAAGUGAGAAGAAUAUGUCUACUGAAUCACAACGUACGAGUCCUCGAAAUAAUAGUAGCAAUAAUAAAAAUACGACUCAGGUUAAAGACUAAUAAUAAGAUUUCUUAAAAAAUAUCUAAUUUCAAAUCUCAAG